GCGACUUCUCCCUCUUUCAAAAUGCUCAGCAGGACUUUGCUUCUCUGCCUCUUGGCCGCUGCGUUCAGCACAGGCUCCUCUCUGAGAUGCAAAUGGAUGGAUCACAAAUUCAGACAGUGCAGCGAAAACUGCCUGAAUCUACUGGAAACUAUGGCUAAUAACUCCACUAACACCACUGGACACGCUGCAGUGACCUUCCCUACUGACCUGUACAGCCAGGCGUCCAAGGCUUCAGCUGAGGAUAAAGUUGGUUUCACAGUUCAGGUUCUGGAGGAGGUGGUGGUUCUGUUUGAGGAGGACCACAGCUCUGCAUCCUGGGAGCAGGUCACAGUGGAGAACUUCCUCAGCGUUGUAACUCGGCAGGCCGAAGGCCUCCGCUCCUGUACUGGGAGCCACAAGAAGAACAAGAAGCUGCAGAUGUAUUUUAAGAGACUCUCACGCCAUGUCCUAGAGCAAAUGGACCACAGUGCUGAAUCCUGGGAACUGAUCAGGAAGCAAAUCAAAACCCAUCUGAUGAGAACAGACCUUCUGAUUUCAUCUCUGCUCACUGUCAACUAAAACCAGCUCAACUAUUUAUUUGAUAUUCUAUUUAUUUUUUUAUACAUUGAGUGUUUUUUACUCGUGUAUUUAUUGAUUGUUAUCAUUCGUUAUUGUUAUCGUUGUUAGUCCUUACAAUCACUGCUCUAUUUAUUUAUCUGUUUAAUCAGGUGCGAAUUAAGGAAAUAUUUAUGUUUAGGCUUCUGCCAAAUUGAAUAUAUGUAUUUUUUAUAUCCAAUAAAAACGAUUCUUGCAGCAAAUAUAUGUUAUUCCGUAUUUCACAAGUUGAAAGGCAAAUCUGACAUAUAUCAUCACUUUAAAUCGUCACUUUACUUUAUGUCAUAUCAAUUCCAGCAUCAGAACAGCUUCAGUCCGUGUCACUGCCUCCUCCUGCCUCAUGUCUCACGCACCUUUACAUCAUUUUCCCCACAGUGACACCGUGACGAGCUCCAACAAAUGUGUUCAGAGAUGUG